AUGGCCCCUGCUCCACCCACCCAGCCCGAGGGUACUCAGGGUAUCAAGGUUAUGCUGAACAGCCGAGAGCUUGAGAUCCUCGCCAAGGCCUGGCUCUGCUCCGAUGACUUCUACAAUGAGAAGCCUCGUCUCGACUACGAGAAGCUCCAACGGAUCACCCACUAUCAAAGCCGCGACGCCGCCAACCAUGCUUUCACGAAGGUCUACGAGAAGAUGAAGUCCGCCGACGACGUCGAGAUCGACCGUGCUCUUGCUGGCACUGCUGCCCCCCGUCCCUCCACCACCUCCGGUGACACCGUGGCCCCGAUCAAGACGCAGCGCAAACGUAAGGCCCCCUCGGAGGCAGAUCACAUGACCAAGAAGCAGAAGCAAGAUGCCGCCGCUUCCGAUGCCGCCGCUUCCGAUGCCGCCAUCAAGACUGAGCAGGUGGCUGAGGAGGAGGACCCUGAGAGUGCCGCUGCUGUCGAGAUCGAGGACGCUAAGAAUAAUGCUGUAGUCAAAGUCGAGGAGAUUUGA